AUGUCUCGAGCCGGUCGCACAAAGGUGGUGGUUGACACCGAUAUCGGUACGGACCCCGACGACUGCCUCGCGCUCGCCUACCUGGCUCUACACCCAGAUUGCGAUCUCCUGGGCGUCACCAUCGUAACCGGCGGUGUUGAGAAGCGCGCUGCGAUCGCCGAGGUUCUGCUACGUGUCUGCGGACGGUCCGAUGUCCCGAUCCACCUCGGUCGUCGCGAGCCUCUGCUCAAAGGUGAUGGCCAGCCCGACGUUCAGAGCUACGAGUUUGUGCAGCCGCUGGACCAUCGAGUGGAAUGGCCCGAGAACACGGCCGUGGACUUUUUGCGCCAGACCAUUCGCGACAAUGCGGGCGAGGUCGUGCUCCUCACCAUUGGGCCCCUCAGCAACGUGGGAACGCUCUUUGCGCUGGACCCCGAGCUGCCGUCGCUGUGCAGAGAUAUCGUCAGUAUGGCCGGCACGUUUUUCAACCCCGAAAGUCAUCUCGAGUGGAAUAUGCUCUGCGACGAGACGGCUACCGCCAUCAUGCUCAAGACCCCGCGACCGCGGCACUGGUUCGUCGGCCUUGACGUCACCCGGCCGUGCACGCUAUGGACUGAAGACGUUGAAAAGAGGAUCUAUAAAGACCUGGGGGAUCUAGGUGCCCUAAUCCAAACGAUUGGCGACUGGUGGCUGAAGAAGAAACAGCGCUUCACUUUUCAUGACCCCUUGGCGGCGGCCGUCAUCUUCCAACCCGACCUUUGUAAAUGGAGAAGGGGCAGGGUCGUGUUAGAUCCAAACGAUGGAGCGACAGGCUUUGACGAGGGCAAAGGGGACGAUAUUGUCGCUUACGAUGUAGACCCCGAUGCCUUUUUUGCGCACUUCUUUGCAGUUAUCAAGAACGCUGAUCAAGCCGAGUGA